UCUUGAAAAAUACUUUAGGAGACAGUGGGUUAAAAUAAAACGCCAUCUAUUAUCAGACAAAAUUUUUUUUGAAAAGGUUUGUCUACAGUUUGAAAAAAUAUGAGGUUUGUGUACAAAAGAUGAAGAAAGAUUAGUUCGAGAUUUAUUUCGAGGUUACAAUAAAUUUAUUCGUCCAGUUCGAAAUAUGACUGAUAAAGUUCACGUUAAAUUUGGAUUAACAUUUGUACAGCUCAUUAAUGUGGAUGAGAAAAAUCAAGUGAUGAAAGCAAAUGUCUGGUUGGAAUUUCAAUGGCACGAUUAUCAACUUCAGUGGGAUGAAGGAGACUAUCAGGGAAUAAAAAAAUUACGAUUGCCUCCUGACAAAAUAUGGAAACCUGACAUCGUUCUCUUCAAUAACGCUGAUGGAAAAUACGAAGUACGUUACAAGUGUAACGUUUUGAUAAGUUCAGACGGUAGUGUAACUUGGAUACCACCAGCUUUAUAUCAAAGUUCAUGUACUAUUGAUGUAACAUAUUUUCCAUUUGAUCAGCAAACAUGUCUAAUGAAAUUCGGCUCAUGGACAUUUAACGGUGAUCAAGUAUCAUUAGAACUAUUGGACAAUAAAAACUAUGUAUCACUCUCGGAUUAUUACAAAAGUGGUACCUGGGAUAUUAUUGAAGUACCAGCAUAUUUAAACGUUUAUGAAGGAUUUGAUCAUCCAACAGAAACUGAUAUUACAUUUUAUAUAACAAUUCGUCGUAAAACAUUAUUUUAUACAGUUAAUUUGAUAUUGCCAACAGUAUUAAUAUCAUUUUUGUGUAUUUUGGAAUUUUAUUUACCCGCAGAAGCUGGAGAAAAAGUAACACUUGGUAUUAGUAUUCUCUUGUCUCUUGUUCUAUUCUUAUUAUUGGUAAGCAAAAUUUUGCCACCAACGUCGCUGGUGCUGCCACUGAUUGCUAAGUAUCUAUUGUUCACAUUUAUCAUGAACGUUAUCUGUAUUUUGAUGACGGUUAUGAUCAUAAACUGGAAUUUCCGCGGACCAAAGACACACCACAUGCCUAAAUUCGUACGAGUUGUUUUUUUGAAAAUUUUACCGACUUUACUAUUGAUGAAACGGCCUAAAAAAACGCGACUACGUUGGAUGAUGGAGAGACGAAGUAUGAGAUGUAAUAAAAAAUUGAAAAAAAUGGUAGUUCCUAUUCCAGCCGCAAAUGCAGCAGCUUACAGUGACUUUAAAAAUAAUCAGGAACUUAUUGAAAUGCAUAAUUUUCACUCGCACAAUCAUCAUCAUCAUCACCAUCAUCAUCCGAGCUGCAGUGUUAAUCGUAAUAAAGAAGAAAUUAAUAAUGGCAAUAACUAUAAUAAUGGUGAUGACAUUUAUGAAACUGUCGGGACCAGAAGACAGUCAGGAAUAAGCUUGGAAAUGGAAAAUCCGAUAAUCAAAGAUGCACUUUCUGCUGUUGAUUUUGUCGCAGAACAUCUGAGAAAUGAGGAUUUAUAUAUUCAAACAAGAGAAGACUGGAAAUAUGUGGCGAUGGUAAUUGAUCGUCUUCUACUUUUUGUAUUUUUUUUUGUAACAACUUCUGGAGCGACAUCUAUUUUGUUAGAUGCCCCACAUAUUUUCGAAUAUGUUGACCAAGAUAAAAUUAUUGAAACCUUCAGAUGAGACAUCGACUGUAGUUAUUUUCAUUAAAAUAAUUGAAUAAUUUAAUUUUCACUCUAAGGCACAUUCUUGAUUUAUAGAGAGAAUUAAAAAAAUAUUUGAACCAAAAAUAAUC